AUGCCAACCAACUCAAUCCUUUCUCCAGGCACCUCAUCUACAUACACACCACCCCCACUUUGCGGCCUCACGCCAAUUACUCCGACUAGACCACCACCUUUAUCACCUCAAAUGCAAACUCGGUCUAAGCACGGAAUAGUUAAACCAAACCCGAAAUUCGGUCUAUCCGCCAUCAUCCGUUCCCCGCUUCCCAAAAAUCACAAACAAGCCCUUUCCGACCCAAAUUGGAAUGCCGCGAUGCGUGAUGAAUAUAGUGCUUUAAUUGAAACGGGGACAUGGGAUUUGGUUCCUAGGUCUGCGGGGGUGAACAUUGUUAACUGUAUGUGGUUGUUUCGUCAUAAAUUGAAUGAUAAUGGUGAUCUUGAAAGACACAAAGCUCGAUUAGUCUGUGAUGGCAAGUCUCAGGUAGAAGGUGCUGAUUGUGAUGAAACCUUCAGUCCGGUUGUUAAACCGGCCACUAUACGCACAAUUUUGAGUUUGGCUAUGGCUCUUCAGUGA